AUGUUAAUCAUUAUAUUAGCUGCAGUACUAUGGCCAGUACUAUGCGUUGUCGACCAACAGUAUGCUAUGAAGUAUUUACACCGGUUCGGGUACACAAAUGAAAAUGAUUUGACUAAACUUGAGGAUUAUUUGUUGAGUUUUCAAGAAAGAUAUAAUAUCCCUGCAACGGGAGAAUUAGAUGAAAAUACAAUUCAACUUCUAAAUAGACCAAGAUGUAAUGUGAGUGAAGCUGCUUCCGACGAUGAUCAUUCUUUUAGAGUUAAAUCAAAAUGGUCAAAAUUUGAUUUGAAAUGGUAUUUCCCUCAGGCAACUCCAGAAUAUCUUAAAGUAACCAAAAAGGCUUUUGAAGUGUGGAGUAACAGUUCAAAGUUUAAAUUUGAAUUAAUACACAAAAUACGGCCUUAUGCUCCCGAUAUAUCUAUUACAGUUGUACGGGGAAAGCACUAUUUUCGAGCAAAUUGCCAAGGUAGAGGUGAGUGCUCCAGUACAUUUGAUGGCCCCGGAAAGGUGUUGGCACAUGCUUAUUUCCCAAAAGGCAACAGUUGUGUAGAGCUUCAUAUUGAUGCUGAUGAGAAGUGGGAUUUAAGUUUGGAUGGAUCAAGUUCAGAAGAUCAGACUAGCCUACUUAUGGUAUUAAUUCAUGAAAUUGGGCAUAUUUUAGGAAUUGCUCACAGUGAUAUUGAGACAGCAAUAAUGUAUCCAUGGUAUCAAUUCAACAUUGCUCCUAAAUUGGAUGAGGAUGAUAAAAUGGCCCUUGAAGCUCUUUAUGGACCAAUCAAUACAUAUGUAAAUAAUCCUUUUAAACCUACAUCAUCGCUGCCACCGACUACAAAGACACUUGCACAUCAACCAAAUGAAUCGGAUAAAAAUUUAUGUGUCAACACCGGAGUAUAUGUUCAUUGCCAUGGCUGGUGA